AUGGGGGUCAGCCCCAGGGACACAGAGGUGAACAGGGACUCAAAGAAACCCUCAGGACCCAGCCGGGAGCCCAAGACACUGUCAAGCAAAAAGGAGAAGUCUCCACGGCCUCCCCUGUCCCGGUCGUGGAAACAGGACCGUGAGCAGACCCUGGCGGCAGCCUAUGUGCCCGUGGUGGUAGACCCGAGGGGACAGAGCCUGGAGAAGCUCAGGUUCGGCUUCUACACCUCCCAGUACUCCAACUCCCUGAACCCCUUCUACACCUUGCAGAAGCCCACCUGCGGCUACCUGUACCGGAGGGACACUGACCACACCCGCAAGUGCUUCGACGUGCCUCCUGCCAACCUGGUCUUGUGGCGUACCUAG